AUGCAGCAGAUCCUGUGCCUCCGUGAUAACAGCAUCCUCAAGGAUACUGCGAGGCUGGAGGGGUUUCCCGACUUGCAGCUGGUCCUGAAGAAGCUUCCCAAGCCACCUCCUGGACGAGCUUCCAACCAGCAGCAGGUUGCUGAGGAGAUUGUGGAUUAUGCGGCGCGGUCUGGUGAUGUAGCCGUACUGAGAAUGAUGCUGGAAGCAGGGGCAGACAAAGAUCUGCCAGACGAAGAGGGUGCUACAGCUCUCAUCAUGUCAUCCCAAGGAGGCCAUAAGGAGAUCGUUCGGUUGCUGCUGAACAACCGGGCAGAUCCACUUUUGACGGACGAUUGCGAGCGAACCGCACUUAUGCAUGCAGCGGCUGCAGGCCACUCAGACAUUGCACUCUGGCUUUUGCAGGCCCGAGCAGACCCUAACAUGACAGAUGAGGACGAAGCAACAGCUCUCAUGUUUGCUGCUUCGAGAGGGGAGAACGAUAUUCUAUGUGAUUUGUUGCUUGCGAAAGCUGGCAUGGAGUUUGUCGACAAGAACGGCGAAACAGCUCUCUGCUCUGCUGCCCGCAAGGGACACACUACAGCUGUGGAGUGUCUGUUGGUGUCCAGGGCGAACGUGGAUCACAGAGACGUCCAGGGCUUCACGGCUCUCCAGCAUGCAGCUCAGUCAGGCUACCAUGAGAUCGUGCAAUCGCUGCUCGUCGCCGGAGCUGACAAGGAGAUAGUCGUAACCGAGAGCGUUUCUCAGGUUCUUCAAGUUGAACAGACAAGACAUUCAACCUGA